AAAUUGGUAAAGCCAUUUUGGAAUACCAGCAAUUGAGCAGAUCUGUGCGGAUGAUAAGUGAACUUGUACCAGUUGGGAGGAAACGUAGUAUUCAAGAAAUUCUUGAUGAUGACAGUUGCUUGUCAGUCAAUGUUGUUGCGGCUCUUUGCAAAGAACUUGCCGGUUAUCUACGUCUAUUGCAUGAUAAUUAUAUUGCAAUAGAUCAGAUAUGUGAGGAAAACAUUUAUAUUCAAGUGUAUAAAACAAAGGUUAACAAACCAAUUGUUGUAAUUGAUGCCAAAGCCUCGUUAGCUGCUGAUGAAAGAGCUCUACAGGAAAACAUUCGCCAAUUUGGUAACAUUCUGCGAAAGCUUAUCUUAAAAUGUGAAAAGGGUUUAAAGUAAAGAGUGGUAUUCUAUGGAAGGAAGUUGUCUCUGUUACGAGGCAUAUGUAGUAAGUUAUAUAUAUGAGUGAGACAAAAAUAAGUGUUAGAGCAUCAUACUGCUUCUACACUGUCGACAGUACAGACAUUUCAUUCGUACUGGAUGACGUGAAUAGGAAAUUGAAAUUUCUUUUUUACUUUUCAAUUGAAUAUAUAUUUUGAAUUUAAAGUGACGUAUUGUUGUUGUUUUAGAUCUAUAUCUAUGUACAUAAACGUUUAUUUAACCGUCAUGAUGUCAUAACAAAUUCAUUCUGUGUCAAGUUACAAUCGGAACAACUCAGUUUUUAUCUAUAAUAAUCUCGGACUUAAUACAGAUUGAAAUUACACAAAUGUAGUUCCUCCAUGUGGUUUUAGAUGUAAUAAAGACAGAGGGCGCAAUCUUAGCUAAAAUGUGACAAUUUUUUGUAUCUAAUAUCCAAAGGAAUAUAUAGAAGAAUAUUUAGGUAAAAUAAUGAUUAAAAAUGUGUCUUUCAAGUAUAAUCAAUUAAAAAAUGCCAACUUAAAAUCAAACCCAAAUUUAUAUCAACAGGUUUCUACAACCAUCAUAAUAAAUAUAUGAAAAAUGUACUGCUUACUUUUAUGUCUAUGAAUUUACUUAAUUUAUGUGGAUUUUUACUCGAUUUAUUUUGGGGAAAAAUAAGUCAACAACUCUUGGCAUUCCUAAUUCCUACUAACUUAGCGUAGGUUAGACCAACAUACCCAUCCGUUUCGUGUAUUCUUACUAUUGUGUUCGAUCGUGUUCUUAUCCGAAGUUUGACGGAAAGGGCAGAGAAGUUGCGAUUGUGUCAAAUCAUUGUUGUUUUCACGAUUUUGAAUUAAAUACGUUUGUUCUGCUAUUGUGGUUGCUAUUUUGUCAAUUUUAAUGGUAUUUUAGUUAUUCAAUAUUCAUAAAAUCGUACAAGAAUCAAUGUUAACGUUAACAUGGGAUACGU